AUGGAGCAGGAACCGCGGAUUUCUAUGACGGUGGAAGAUUACGACACCGCCAUGGAUUCCGACUGCGAAUCGUCGGUUGUCCCCCAAUUCAGAGAUUUCGCGAGGAACGGGAUGGUGAGGGUGGGAGUGGAUCAAGCCAAGUACGUCGUGGUUGAGAAGAUGUUUAGGGCUGGACUGGGGGUUCUCGGCGAGGGACUUAAUGUGGUUGCUCUUCACAUGAAUUCUUCCUCCAGCAUCGCGAGGCACGCCAGGCUUGAAGCUUUCCGCCUCUACUCCCGCGCGGUGGCGGUGAAUCGCGGGGGCGAUGCCAAUAUUAGGUUUGCUUGGUACGGCGGUGCGCGGGAUGAGAUUUUGGGGAUUGUUACUCAUGGAUUUGGGAGGUGUAGCGAUUUUGAAGACCGCGUUUCCAACGGCAUUGGGGUUUAUUUAUCCCCCGCGAAUUUUCCGAUUGAUGGUGACUCACGUUAUCUUAUUUCCCCUUUUAUUCAACAUUAA